GAGCGCAGCAGAGCCAUGCCCACCAAACCCACCCCUGGCUGCGAGCUGGCCAAUGUGUCCAAUAUAAAACAGCUCCCGGAGCACAGGAAGGGCUGCACCAUGGGGAACUCGGACAUGGAGCGGAAGGCGUCCUACGAGGAUGUCUCUGGGGAGUCUGGGGGCCUCGGGGGGGUCGUCAGCACCAUCUCCAGCAGCAGGAGCCCCCUGCAGCCCCCCGACGCCGACGAGGGGGAGCCGUUCAGCACCUACUUUGACAGCAAGAUCCCGAUCCCCGAGGAUGAGACGCAUUCCUGCUUCAGCUUCCGCAAGCUGUGGGCGUUCACGGGGCCGGGCUUCCUGAUGAGCAUCGCCUACCUCGACCCCGGCAACAUCGAGUCUGACCUGCAGUCCGGGGCCGUCGCGGGCUUCAAGCUCCUGUGGGUGCUCAUGCUGGCCACGAUCAUCGGGCUGCUGCUGCAGCGGCUGGCAGCGCGGCUGGGCGUGGUCACGGGGCUGCACCUGGCCGAGGUCUGCCACCGCCAGUACCAGAAGUUCCCUCGGAUCAUCCUGUGGCUGAUGGUGGAACUCGCCAUCAUCGGCUCCGACAUGCAGGAGGUCAUCGGUUCAGCCAUCGCCAUCAACCUGCUCUCCAUGGGGAAGAUCCCGCUCUGGGGGGGAGUGCUCAUCACCAUCGCUGACACCUUCGUUUUCCUCUUCCUCGACAAAUACGGCCUGCGGAAGCUGGAGGCGUUUUUUGGGCUCCUGAUCACCAUCAUGGCCCUGACCUUCGGAUAUGAGUACAUCACAGUGAAGCCCAACCAGGAGAAGCUGCUGCAGGGGCUGUUCAUCCCCUACUGCCGGGACUGCGGCACGCCGCAGCUGGAGCAGGCCGUGGGCAUCGUGGGUGCCGUCAUCAUGCCCCACAACAUGUACCUGCACUCUGCCCUCGUCAAGUCCCGGCAGGUGAACCGCGCCGACAAGCGCGAGGUGCGAGAGGCCAACAAGUAUUUCUUCAUCGAGUCGUGCAUCGCGCUCUUCGUCUCCUUCAUCAUCAACAUCUUCGUGGUGACCGUCUUUGCCGAGGCCUUCUUCAACAAGACCAAUGCCGACGUGUACCAGGUCUGUGCCAAUUCCAGCAGCCCCCACUCCUCGCUCUUCCCCAACAACAACCAGACACUGGAGGUGGACAUCUACAAGGGGGGCGUUGUCCUGGGGUGCUACUUCGGCCCUGCUGCCCUCUACAUCUGGGCCAUUGGGAUCCUGGCGGCCGGGCAGAGCUCCACCAUGACGGGCACCUACUCGGGCCAGUUCGUCAUGGAGGGCUUCCUGAACCUGCGCUGGUCCCGCUUCGCCCGGGUGCUGCUCACGCGCUCCAUCGCCGUCACCCCCACCCUCUUCGUCGCCAUCUUCCAGGACGUCGAGCACCUCACGGGCAUGAACGACUUCCUGAACGUCCUCAUGAGCCUCCAGCUCCCGUUCGCGCUGAUCCCGGUGCUCACCUUCACCAGCCUGCCCAGUGUCAUGCACGACUUCGCCAACGGCCUGUUCUGGAGGGUGGCUGGGGGCCUCCUGAUCCUCCUCAUCUGUGCCAUCAACAUGUACUUCGUGGUGGCCUACGUCAUGGCCCUCAACCACCUGGGCCUGUACAUUGGGGCCGCCGUGCUCAGCGUUGUCUACCUGUCCUUCGUGGCGUACCUGACGUGGCUGUGCCUCAUUGCCCUGGGCGCCUCCUUCCUGGCCUGCGGGAACACGGUAAGCGUCACCCGGACCCUGCACCCGGAGCAGCCGCCCUCCCACCCCCCCAAGUAGCCGGGGGUGGGGGGCUGGACCUCAGCAGCCGCCACCGGAGCCGGGUUCCCCGGGGCCACGGACGCGCGCGGGAGGACGCGGAGCGCCCGGCGCUGCCGGAAUCCUCGGGGGCCGGGCGUUCCUUUGCUGAUCCCCCAAAUCAUCCCCGCAUGGGAGACACAGCUGGGGAGGGGCUCAGGGGCACAGCAGCAGCCUGACCCCUCCCAGUUUUGUUUUAAAUCCCUGUAAAUUCCUCAUCCCGGAGCGUUUGACCCCCCCCCCCCCGUAGCACAAACACUGAGCUCCAGGAACGCUGCUCUGGCACAGACCUGGAUAAAAUAGGCAAAUAAGCUAAAAAAGCCCCAAAUGCCCUUUUGGGUGAUGUUUGGGGAUGCUGCUGGCACUGGGUGUGGGGUGACACUACGGCUGGAUCUACCUCUGCUGCCCCAGCCUGACCUGAUUUGGUACUUUUUCGCUGGAAAACACUUCCCAUUCCCAGUGGGGAUCCCACGAGGAGGGGAAACCUGAGCAUUAAUAUUGACACUACUGGUUUUUAAUGGCCCAGUGUGGGAUUUUGGGGUCAGCAAAGGAAACGAGUUUGUGGUUAUUUAUGAUUUUAUGACUUUAUUCCUUGUGAUGUGUGGAAAUACUCUUGGAGUUCUCAAAAAUCCCUGGAUUAUAACUCAAAAUCAGGCUGUGGAGGCUCCAAGAGCCUUUUCCAGGGGUUUCUUUGCUGCUCUCACUUGUCCUGGAUUUAAGUCCCUCCUGUCAUCCCCCUUUUGUUUAACGAGUUUUGGAAGAAGCUUUGCCAGGAAUGCGACCUGAGUGGGUUGGGAUGGAGGGAACAGGGUGUCCUUAGGAUCUCCCAGGGGCAUUUUGGGGCCCCAUCUUGCCUGUUGGGGUGGAUUUGGAUCUUUGGAUCAUGGAAAUUGGGUGUCAGAAGCUCAAAUUGGGGUUAUUUGGGGAAAAUUCCCUUCUCUGUCCGGCUGGAGCUGCGAGGGGGGCGCAGCUCCGUGGGUUUAGAUCCCAAAGCACUUAAUGGAUCUGCAGGAUGGAGCAGGGGUGGGUGGGGGGUCCCAAAACACCUCCCCUGGGACCAGGCCAGAGCGUUCCAGCCCUGAGGGGAGGGGCUCCUGCCCAGACCAGUCCUGGUUUAUUUGGGAUCCCUGGGUCAGGGCUGCCCAGUGGGUAACCAGGCCUCCAUGGAAUUCCCUUUGCAUUUUCCCUGCACUCCCAGUCCCAGGCAGGGAAUUCUCUCUGAAAUAAAAUCCCUGCAGUGUCCAACUCUUGGGAAUGCCGCCCUGACGCUGGUUUGGGAUCUGGACACUGGAUUUGGGAUGUGGUCAUGGGGAUUUCUUCCCCAUGGAUCAGAGCAGGUCAGGGCAGCCCCUCCUGCUCUGAGCUUCUGUAGAGUUUUAUCCAUCACUGCCCGAGCUCUGGGGCUAUUCCCUGGUGCCCAGGACACAUUCCAGGGGAUGAAGGUGAAAACACUCAGAGCCCUGCAGGAAAACCCCCCUUUGAUUUGAGGCAGGAUCACAUCCCUCUUCCCACCCUUUCCCAAACCAGCUGAGACUUGCAGCUCCCCCUGACCACAGUGGAUUCCCAGUUUCCAUGUUUUUACCCCAGAAUUCCAGCAGGAUUUAACCCCGUAGUGUAACCUUUGUAGGUUUUACACCCACUCCCACAACACAGCAGCUGUGGGAAUUGCAGGGUGGGGGGAUGGGGGGCUGGACUAGAGGUGGGCUCAGGCUUUGGAAUCCCGCUGUACCACCCCCCAGCUUUCCUGGGUUGGGAAUUCUGCCUUGGGAGGGGUCAGCUCUCCUGGCUGGAGCACUGACUGUGCAUGGAGCCUCUGGAUCGGGUCCCUGUCUGGGGCCUCUGCUCCUCGCUGCACUAAUUUGGGGUUUUCCCUUGGUCCUGGUUGUACGAACCCCCUUCGCCAUUAAAACAUGGAGACUUUUCCAA